AUUCCCAUGCACCGCCUCCACCACUCGAGGGCUUGGGCAGGAGUGGGGUUGGGGGAGGACAGAAGAGCGCAGGCAGGGGCAGGGCCGAAGCCGGGGUGGAGAUCCUGGCGUGCAAGGAGGGUUCCCACCCGGAGUUGCCAGCCCGGACCUCCCUCUACCACACCGCGAAGCCUCCACCUGCCGCGCGAGCGAGGGGCGGGGAAGAGGGCGGGGCCGGGGCGGUGGCUCCGGGACCGGAGGCGGGAGCCCGAGCUGUCGCCCAGGAGGCGGCUGCUGCAGUCAUCCUAGCGGGUGCUGGGGCAGCCGGGCAGUGGGGAGGUGGAGCAGCGGGGCGGAGGAUCGGAGGGAAACGGGCGGUGAGGAGAAAGAUUGCGAGACCCUUGAAACACCUGCGAGACCCGAGACCAAAGACCCGCCGUGGGGGACCCGCGGCUCCGGGCGCGACCUAGUUUUCUUGCCUUCGUGGGGAGCGCGCCCAGGGUUCGCCCAUGGCUGGGACUCCGGGCCGCGAUCCUCGGGGCGGCCCCGGGAUUUGUUACCUUCUUGGCUCCCUGAUGGCCGGACUGCUCGCCCCGGGGGCUGUCGCCUUCAAUCUGGACGUGAUGGGCGCCCUGCGCAAGGAGGGCGAGCCGGGUAGCCUCUUCGGCUUCUCUGUGGCUCUGCACCGGCAAUUGCAGCCCCGACCCCAGAGCUGGCUAUUGGUGGGCGCUCCACAGGCGCUGGCUCUGCCUGGGCAGCAGGCGAAUCGCACUGGAGGUCUCUUCGCUUGCCCCCUGAGCCUGGAAGAGACUGACUGCUACAGAGUGGACAUUGACCGAGGAGCUGAUGUGCAGAAGGAGAGCAAGGAGAACCAGUGGUUGGGAGUCAGUGUUCGGAGCCAGGGACCUGGGGGCAAGAUUGUGACCUGCGCGCACCGAUAUGAGGCUCGGCAGCGGGUGGACCAGAUCCUGGAGACCCGGGAUGUGAUUGGUCGUUGCUUUGUGCUAAGCCAAGACCUGGCCAUCCGCGAUGAGCUGGAUGGUGGGGAAUGGAAGUUCUGUGAGGGGCGCCCCCAGGGCCACGAGCAGUUUGGGUUCUGCCAGCAGGGCACAGCUGCUGCCUUCUCCCCCGACAGCCACUACCUCCUCUUUGGGGCCCCGGGAACCUAUAACUGGAAGGGCACUGCCAGGGUGGAGCUCUGUGCACAGGGCUCAGCGGACCUGGCGCACCUGGACGACGGGCCCUACGAGGCGGGGGGGUUGCUCUUUGUGACCAACAUUGAUAGCUCAGACCCUGACCAGCUGGUGUAUAAAACUUUGGACCCUGCUGACCGGCUCCCAGGACCGGCCGGAGACUUGGCCCUGAAUAGCUACUUAGGUUUCUCCAUUGACUCGGGGAAGGGUCUGAUGCGUGCAGAGGAGCUGAGCUUUGUAGCAGGGGCCCCCCGUGCCAACCACAAGGGUGCUGUGAUCAUUCUGCGCAAAGACAGUGCCAGCCGCCUGGUGCCCGAAGUUAUGCUGUCUGGGGAACGCCUGACCUCUGGCUUCGGCUACUCGCUGGCUGUGGCUGAUCUCAAUAAUGAUGGCUGGGCAGACUUGGUAGUGGGCGCCCCCUACUUCUUUGAACGCCAAGAGGAGCUGGGGGGUGCCGUGUAUGUGUACCUGAACCAGGGGGGUCACUGGGCUGGGGUCUCCCCUCUCCGGCUCUGUGGCUCUCCUGAUUCCAUGUUCGGGAUCAGCCUGGCUGUCUUGGGGGACAUCAACCAAGAUGGCUUUGCAGAUAUCGCCGUGGGGGCUCCCUUUGAUGGGGAUGGGAAAGUCUUUAUCUACCACGGGAGCAGCCUGGGGGUUGUUGUCAAACCUUCCCAGGUGCUGGAGGGUGAGGCUGUGGGUGUCAAGAGCUUCGGCUACUCCCUUUCGGGGGGCCUGGAUGUGGAUGGGAACCAUUACCCAGACCUACUGGUCGGCUCCCUGGCUGACAUGGCUGUGCUCUUUAGGGCCAGACCUGUCCUUCAUGUGUCCCACGAGGUCUUCAUUGCUCCCCGAGCCAUCGACCUCGAGCAGCCGAACUGUGCUGCUGGCCACUCAGUCUGUGUGGACUUGAGGGUCUGUUUCAGCUACAUUGCCAGCCCCAGCAGCUACAGCCCUAUUGUGGCCCUGGAUUAUGUGUUAGAUGGGGACACAGACCGGAGGCUCCGGGGCCAGGUCCCCCGUGUGACCUUCCUGAGCCGUGGCCCAGACGACCCCAAGCACCAGGCCUCAGGCACUGUGUGGCUGAAGCAUCAGCAUGACCGAGUCUGUGGAGACACCAUGUUUCAGCUACAGGAGAAUGUCAAAGACAAGCUUCGGGCCAUUGUGGUGACGCUGUCCUACAGUCUGCAGACCCCACGACUUCGGCGACAGGCUCCUGGGCAGGGGCUCCCCCCAGUGGCCCCCAUCCUCAAUGCUCACCAGCCCAGCACCCAGCGGGCAGAGAUCCACUUCUUGAAGCAAGGUUGUGGCGAAGACAAGAUCUGCCAGAGCAACCUGCAGCUGGUCCAUGCCCGCUUCUGUGCCCGCGUCAGUGACACGGAAUUCCAGCCUCUGCCCAUGGAUGCAGAUGGGACAACAGCCCUGUUUGCCCUGAGUGGGCAGCCGGUCAUUGGCCUGGAGCUGACGGUCACCAACCUGCCCUCGGAUCCAGCCCAGCCCCAGGCUGAUGGGGAUGAUGCUCAUGAAGCUCAGCUCCUGGUCACCCUCCCUGCCUCUCUGCACUACUCGGGAGUCCGAGCCCUGGACCCUGCGGAGAAGCCGCUCUGCCUGUCCAAUGAGAAUGCCUCCCAUGUCGAGUGUGAGCUGGGGAACCCCAUGAAGAGAGGUGCCCAGGUCACCUUUUACCUGAUUCUUAGCACCUCAGGGAUCACUAUCGAGACCACAGAGCUGGAAGUGGAGCUGCUGUUGGCCACGAUCAGCGAACAGGAGCUUCAUCCCAUCUCUGUCCGAGCGCUCGUCUUCAUUGAGCUGCCGCUGUCCAUCACUGGCGUGGCCAUUCCCCAGCAGCUCUUCUUCUCUGGUGUGGUGCGGGGUGAGAGUGCCAUGAAGUCCGAGCGGGAUAUAGGCAGCAAGAUCAAGUAUGAGGUCACGGUCUCCAACCAAGGCCAGUCGCUGAACACCCUGGGCUCUGCCUUCCUCAACAUCAUGUGGCCCCAUGAGAUAGCCAACGGGAAGUGGCUGCUGUACCCCAUGCGGGUGGAGCUGGAGGGCGGGCAGGGGCCCGGGCAGAAGGGGCUCUGCUCCCCGAGGCCCAACAUCCUCCACCUGAAUGUGGACAGCAGGGACAGGAGGAGGCGGGAACUGGAGCAGCCUGAGCAGGAGGAGCCUCCGGAGCCGCCAGAGCCCAGCACAUCCUGGUGGCCGGUGUCCUCCUCUGAGAAGAAGAAAAACAUCACCCUGGACUGUGCCCGGGGCACUGCCAGCUGUGUGGUGUUCAGCUGCCCUCUCUACAGCUUUGACCGCGCCGCUGUGCUGCAUGUCUGGGGCCGCCUCUGGAAUAGCACCUUUUUGGAGGAGUACUCAGCUGUGAAGUCCCUGGAAGUCAUCGUCCGAGCCAACAUUACCGUGAAGUCUUCUAUCAAGAACUUGCUGCUCAGAGAUGCCUCCACAGUGAUUCCCGUGAUGGUUUACCUGGACCCUGUGGCCGUGGUGGCAGAAGGAGUCCCCUGGUGGGUCAUCCUCCUGGCCGUCCUGGCCGGGCUGCUGGUGCUGGCGCUGUUGGUGUUGCUCAUGUGGAAGUGUGGCUUCUUCCAUCGGAGCAGCCAGAGCUCAUCUUUUCCCACCAAUUAUCACCGGGCCCAUCUGGCUGUGCAGCCCUCGGCUGUGGAAGCUGGGGGCCCAGGGACUGUGGGGUAAUUGUGUGUGUGUGCAUGUGUGUGUGUGUGUGUGUGAGUGUGUAUGUAUGCGUGUGGUAGAGCCCCCAGCAUUCAGGGAACCAGGGUGAAGAAGUGAGAUUGCAUGAGGGUGGUGUGAGCUCUAGGAACGGGGGUGGGAGGUCAUUAUAAGGGUGAGUAUCCACAACCGGAAGCAUGCACAGUGGGGUGGCUGGGCUCAUGCAGUGUGAGCAUGUGGGAGUGCAGGAAGGUGCUGUGCAUGGCUUUUCUGUGGGCAUGAGACAAAUGUGCAAGGACAUGCUGUGCAGUCUGAGCAAGUAGGAGCCUCAGGUGGCCCCGAGUGUGAGUGUGCAAGGGGCAUAUUUCCACCUUGGUAUGGAAGGGCCAGCAUCUUCAUGAGGAAGGGAGGGGUGAGGCCACCCUAUUCAUGGACCAGAGGGCCCUGCCCCAGGGGAAAUGCCAUUUGAGUACAUGGGAUGAGUGUCUGGGGCUUGGGAGGGCCAUUCCCAGUAGGCAGGGGUCUAGAAAGCCAUAUUUUGGUCUCAGAUCUUGUUUAUGUUCUGGGGCAUGCUGUUGGGUCUCUUCAAAGGCUUGAAUGGGGUCAGUGGUCCUGAUGCUCCAUCUUCAACCCCCUCUUCCAGUACCCAAGGCAGAGGUCCUUGGUCCUGCCUCUUUGGCCCUUCCUGGUCUUUCUCUGGCCGUGAGUGAGGACCUGGGGGCCCGGCAUGAAUUGUGGCACCUGUGGGGGCCAUGCACUGCACGGGACACUGUCUACCCCAGCUCCUUCCUGCUGCAGCAGUGGAGGCAAGGUGCUGGACUGUGCUGGGCAUCUGCCCCGGGGGCCUCAGCUCCUCACAUCUGGCCUG